UAUUUAUUUAUUCAUUUAUUUAUUAACAUUCAGAAUAAACACACAAGGUAUUCUGAUGUCAAAUACGCUAAUUCAAAUUUUAACAACAUCACAGACCUUCAUGAUAAGUUGGUUCAAAAGAUAACCUGAAGCUAAAAACAUUCCAGGGCAAAAGACAAUCAGGUGAAUGUAGAUCAAGAAUUCAUUAUGUUUCCAACAAACAUGGAAGGAUAACAAAUGAAAAAGCCUGGAGGGGAAUAAAUCUCAAAAGCGCAAUCUAGUGGGUGAAUAAAAUCCACCUUCAAAGAGCUUUGGAGACUGCUUAUAAAAAGGAAUGUGUUCUUUGUUUCUACAUGACUCAUAAAAGUUGUAAUUCUCUGACAGACUAUCACAGGAUGUUUUUUACUUGCAUUUGUCCUCCAUCAAUGUUACAUCACGAGAAGCCAAAAGGCUCUUAAACAGGAGGAACCACAGUUUUAGGAAUGUGGAUGUGUCUGAACUCAGCCCAAUAAAUCAGUCUCUCCUCACUAACUGAGCUCACAUCCAAAAUGAGAUUACUUUGAGGAACUCCUGCGCUUUACCAAAAUAGGAAUCUAUUCCACCAGAAAUACCUGAGAGGGGACUGUACGUGAUUGUGUUACCUGCUUUUAACCUUAAUCAAUUUGACCUUUUUGGCUUAACCUUUUAAGCUGCCUGCCUGAACAUAUUAUUUAUACUGUUAAAUAUUUUCAGGGACCACUCAGAGACGAAACGGAGUAGAUCUUAUUUCAAAGGUUAUUUACACUGGAAAAUGAAGCAUACCUUGAAUCAAAGUUUUUGUAUUAAAUAUAUAUUUUUUCCACUGCCAUUAAAGCAUGUUGCCCCUUUUAGGAACCUCAAACUAAAAACCAACAACAAAGUUAAGGUGCUUUUGGCACAAAAGUCUCUUAUUUAGCACAGAAUUGUCCAGUUAAGCACCCUCCCACAGCGAGGACAAGCAAAUACAAUUCACCAAAGAGGCGCUUCUCCCAAAACGCGCAAUUUUCCACCUAAUCCCGGAAAGUUGUGUAAAAUGACACAAACAUAUUUUAUGGAUUUUCUGUGGAGUCUGGGCUCUUCGUGUAAUGACGCGUCAUGUGCUCUUCACAGACUGGCGUUUAGGUAUGUUUGGUCAAUGUAUGGCAGAGCUGUGUGUGGUGGAGAGGAGGCAGGGGAUAACUGCUGCCCCCCUCACUUCUCCACUGAGCCCUCAGGAGAGUGGAGGGAGGACUGCAUGGGGACUGUUCGGCUGCUCAGUGAACGCUUUUCUCUGAUAAAGCAUCUCAGCACCGAUUUGGAAACGAAACUGCAAACGCGCGGUUAAACCAUGCAGACUUGGGCCAUGUAGACGAAGUUUAUUUGUGUUUGGUAAAGCUCUUUCGUGAGUUGCAGUCACACGUCAUCUGAAGCCUGCUAUGGAGGACCUCUUGAGUCAAAAUGAGUCUGAGCACUGACAAUGUCACGAAAUUUUGGAAAAAUGGUUCCUCGGAACUCGACGGGACUCCGGGUGCAUCUUCCCAGGUCAACUUCACCAACAGCUCCAGGGGAAACCACACGGAGCACAGCGAGGUGGACCUCACCCGAGCCAUCCCGCUCGGCUUGGUGCUGGGGGUUUUCAUCGUGUUCGCCAUCGCGGGCAACAUUCUCGUCAUCCUGUCCGUUGUGUGCAACAGGCACCUGCGGACCCCGACGAACUACUUCAUCAUCAACCUGGCCAUCGCUGACCUGCUGCUGGGCACCACGGUGCUGCCGGUGUCCGCCACUCUGGAGAUCCUAGACUACUGGGUAUUCGGAAGGAUCUUCUGUGACAUCUGGGCAGCGGUGGACGUGCUGUGCUGCACCGCGUCCAUCAUGAGUCUGUGCGUAAUAUCCAUCGACCGCUACAUCGGAGUGAGCCACCCGCUGCAGUACCCGGGCAUCGUGACGGAGAAGCGGGCUCUGCUGGCCAUGCUCGGGGUGUGGGUGCUGUCGGUGGUCAUCUCCAUCGGUCCUCUGUUCGGGUGGAAGCAGCCGCCGUCGCCGGACGACACGGAGUGCCCCAUCACCGAGGAGCCGUUUUACGCGCUCUUCUCGUCCCUCGGCUCCUUUUACAUCCCUCUUGUCGUUAUACUGGCCAUGUACUGCCGCGUGUACAUAGUCGCCAAACGAACCACUAAGAACCUGGAGGCAGGUGUGAUGCGCGAGAGGAUGAACUCCAGCGAGCUGACCCUCAGGAUCCACAAGGGUUCUCAGGUGCAGGAGGAGUCCGCCAGUUCAGGCACGGGCAAGGGCCGCGCGCACCAAGCGAGAAGUUCCCUCACGGUGAAACUUCUGAAAUUCUCCCGGGAGAAGAAAGCAGCUAAAACUUUGGGAGUUGUGGUCGGCAUGUUUACGCUUUGUUGGCUGCCCUUCUUUCUCGCCUUACCAAUAGGGUCUUUUAAUGCAAACCUGCGCCCACCUGAUCUCCUCUUUAAAGUGAUCUUCUGGCUGGGAUACUUCAACAGCUGUCUGAACCCCAUCAUCUACCCCUGCUACAAUCGUGAGUUCAAGCUAGCCUUCAUUCGCAUCCUGAGAUGCCAGUGUCACCAGCGUAAACGUCCUGGUUGGAGCGCGUACAAUUACCGCUCUUCCAACUUCAGCUCCUCUGGAAACUCACGCAAAGGCUCUGCGGAUCACAACUCCAGCUGCUUGAACGGCAGCCAGCGUACCCUGCCGUCAUCUGCCAGUCCGAGCCCUAGCUACCUGAGCAAGGGUCUCCCACCUUGCCCUGAGGGGGAAACAUUAUACAUCUGGGGGGCAACCACCCCGACUCCCUCCACACCUAAUCUGCUGCCUGGCAGCCCUGCAGACUACCAGCAGAGAGCUCUGAGAGGGGAGGUAAGAGGAGGGAAACCAGCUGAGGAGACUACCAGUGGUAUUUUCUCUUUCUCCUUUGGGAAGAACAGAGACAAGGGAGGGGUCAACAAAGACAGCAUCAUGCCUGAGGACAAGGUGUGACUGUUGAGUCUUACUGAGCUGUGACUUGUUCAUUCCUCAUGGGGAUGAAGUCACCUACAGAGUGUGGAUGUAGGAUUUCACACAGGUUUACUGCAUUCACUGUACAUGGUCCCAUGAUCAUUCAUCAGUCAGUGGAUUGUCAUUCUCAUUAGUGGUCAAUGUAAGGUGAAGUAUUGACUAUGCUGCUGUAUCACAGGUAAUUUGUCCUAUUUUACUGUAUCUGUGGUUGACAAAGACAGGAAGGUUUCUGUCAAUGGACAGUAUGGCUUUGAAGACAGCUAAUCAAAAAUCUCUGUUGGGACUGGAAAAGCACCAGUGCAUGCAUUUUGAUUAAACAAAAAUGAAAUUCAAAGGAAAAAGGACAUCAUUUCAGUAUCCGGCACCACCUGCCUUCAACCCUUUCAGUUGAAAAUCUAUGUCUGCCCUGUAAAAAGACUAAACAUGACAAAAAAUCUGACUCCUGUAAAAUGUGUGAUAAGACAAAUGAUCACCUUUCUGUUGCAGUCACUUGAUAUCUUCAUGGUAUGUUGUGGAAAUAAAGUAUAACCUGGUUUGUCUGCUGUGCGCACAAUCCUCAGAUAUCUUAUUUGUAUGUUUGAUGCUCAAAAAGUGCUGAAUAUUGAUAUCAGAAAUGUGAUUAAUACCCAAAUAAACUUAGAAUAUUGGAUGUGAA